AGGGGAGGCUGGAUCGCCCGGGAUUCCCCGCAGAACCGCCCUAGCCCCCAGCUUCUAGGCUCCAGACGGCCGUCGCUGACCCACUGCAUCCGCCGCGCCCUUCCGACCCGCCGGUUAAGACUGCGCGCGGGAAGAUGUACCAGAGCCUGGCGCUCGCCGCAAGCCCUAGCCAGACCUCCUUCGCCGACUCGAGCGCCUUUCUGCACGCUCCGGGUUCCGGCUCCCCUAUGUUCGUGCCGCCGGCGCGCGUCCCUUCGGUGCUGCCCUAUCUGCCGGCGUGUGAGCCGGGCCCGCAGCCUCCUGCUCUCGCUGCGCAUCCCGGGUGGGCGCAGGCAGCCGCGGCGGACUCUUCGGCCUUCGGCUCCGGCAGCCCGCACCCGCCUGCAGCGCAGCCGCCCGGAACAACCGCCUUCUUUUCUCACAGUUCCCCGGGGCCAGGCAGCGGCUGCAGCUCGGGGAGCCGGGACGGCAGCACCUACCAGGGCGCGCUGCUGGCACGAGAACAGUACCCGGUCUCGCUUGGGCGGCCCGUGGGCGCCUCGUACCCCACCGCCUACCCGGCCUACGUGAGUCCAGACGUGGCCCAGUCCUGGACUACCGGAUCCUUCGAAGGCAGCGUCCUGCACGGCCUCCAGGGCCGCUCGGCCGGCCUCCCGGGCCGCAGAGCCGCUUUCGUGUCAGACUUCUUAGAGGAAUUCCCUGGCGAGGGUCGGGAGUGUGUCAACUGCGGGGCCCUGUCCACACCGCUGUGGCGCCGUGACGGUACUGGCCACUACCUGUGCAACGCCUGCGGCCUCUACCACAAGAUGAAUGGCGUCAACCGGCCACUCGUGCGGCCCCAGAAACGCCUGUCAUCCACCCGCCGCGCCGGUCUCUGCUGCACCAACUGCCACACGACCAACACCACACUCUGGCGGCGGAACUCAGAGGGGGAGCCGGUGUGCAAUGCCUGUGGCCUGUACAUGAAGCUGCACGGGGUGCCACGGCCCCUGGCGAUGAAGAAGGAAAGUAUCCAGACUCGGAAACGGAAGCCGAAGAGCGUUGCCAAGACCAAGGUUUCCACAGGGUCUGCAGCGAGCACCACAGCCUCCCCCUCCACGGCCACCAGCGCUGAGAGCUCAGUGGCCACUUUGAAGUCCGAGCCCAGCCUGGCAUCCCCAUUGUGCCCUGGGCCCAGCGUUGCUUCCCAGGCCUCCAGUCAGGCGGAUGACCAGAUUACCCCCAGCCACUUGGAGUUCAAGUUCGAGCCUGAGGACUGUGCAUUUCCCUCCACAGCCCUGGGUCCUCAGCCCAGCCUGGGUGCAGCCCUGCGCCAGGAGGCCUGGUGUGCGCUGGCCCUGGCCUAGGUGCCCUGACACACAAGCAUGGGGGAAGCCCCCUGGAACAGAGCACUCGCUGGAUUCACCUCCGUGCCUGCUUUGCCCAAGCACAGCAAGAAGCCACCAGGCCCACCCAUCAGAAGAGACUGGGGUUCUCUACACGGCUGCAAGGGGCUUUCACUGUGCACUGCAACUGGGCCCCAGAGUGCGAAGGUGGCUGGCAGGAGAAGGGCCAGGGCCCCUACCCCUGGACAGCAAGGGGCUCCCCAGACACUGCACGAGGCUCUGGACUUCGCUGGCCACUGUGCAGCAGAGGCCAGCCAGGACAACUCCACCAGCUUGAAUUCCGUCAUGGUGCUCACCGUUGACAUGUUUACAGGUUGCAGCAGCUGGAGGAGAAAACCCAAGUGAAAUGCCUGAGCCCCAGCAGGGAACAGAGAUGAGGGGAGCAGCAACUCAGGACCUAAGACCUCAGGGUCGGAGCCUUACUUCCCACAUGUGACAGAUGGAACCGUGGCACAGAGCACUUUCUCUACUGUGCACCCAGGACUGCCAAGACCAGGUGUGCAGGUUGUGCACUAUGCCAGGAUGCCACCCCGAGGGGUAGCCUUUCACAUGGUCGCCAUCGUGAACUGUGUAUUUAUUGGGACAGUUUUUCCAGAGGGGGCAGUAAAGGCCUUGUUCUGACCAAAUGUGUGUUAAGUGUCUGGGAGCCCUGUCCAGGGUGACAUGGCUACAUGUCCUUGCUUAUCUGGGACCAGCCCAUUGGAUCUGUUGUUCCAGCAGAAUUACUGGUGACACUCCCUUCAACUUGCAAGCCCAGCACACCUGCGGAUGAGCCUGGAACAGAUCCCGCUGCUGGAAACCCCUCGGUCUAGGGAGCUAAUGUCAGGGCAGUGCUGGGUAGUGGAGGGGCCAGAGCACCCCAACCACACUUCCUACAGAAGGGCCCCGUCUUCACAUCUGUCCCAUUGCUGCCUUUCAUCAACUGGAUGAUGACACCCAGUUUUUCCAGGGAAGCCACAAACCUGGAGCGGGUAGGGGGAGGUGAUUGGUAAAAUCUUCCAAUUUAUAGCUCUUUUUUUUUAACUUUGAUUUUUGAAAAACUUUAGAAUUUGAUUCAGAAAUCUUAA